AGUAUGCUGACUGGCUUGAUGUAUUAUCGUCCAGAGGAUCCCAUUGAGUUCUUGGAAGGCUGCCUGCAGAAAGUACGAGAACUUGGAGGCCCAGAAAGAGUACGAUGGGAUAGCUUUAUCGGUCAAGAACGACGGACGUUGCCUCCAAUACAUGGAGGGCAAGCUAAGAAGUCAGUGUUCAGAUCAGAACCUGUACCAGGACCUUAUCGACGCUACGAGCGGCUACCUCCAAUCCAAGCCCAGUUCUCUAUUGAAAGCGACUCUGACAUGACAGAAACAUCAGGCCUAAUUCAGGAGUAUGAUGUAUUUGACCCUUUGAAACCCAGACCAAAAAUUAUUUUCAUUAUAGGUGGUCCUGGCAGUGGUAAGGAUACACAAAGCAGGAAGAUUGCGAAUCGCUAUAACUUUGAGUGGAUUUCUGUGGGUGAGAUCCUAAGAGCAAGGAUGAUUCAUCAUGCCACCACUGACCGCAAAUGGGAGCUGAUUGCACAGAUUAUUGCCAAUGGAGAGUUGGCCCCUUCGGAAACAACUAUCGAGGAAUUGAAGCACCAGUUCAUUCAGCACACAGAUGCCAAAGGAUUCAUUAUUGACGGAUUUCCACGAGAGAUCAGCCAAGCUUUUACAUUUGAGGAGCAGAUUGGAUCUCCAGAUUUAGUAGUGUUGCUAGUGUGUUCAAGCCAAAAACUACGGCAGCGCCUGGAGAAGCGAGCAGCUCAACAGGGCCGUCCUGAUGACAAUGCCCAUGCUAUUGAACGACGUUUGGAGAACUUCAAACAAAACAUUACACUGAUCUUGAAAUACUAUCAAGAAAAGGGAGUUAUUGUACGGCUGGAUGCAGACCGUGAAGAAGAUGAGAUUUUCGCUGACAUUAGUACCAUUCUGGAGGAACAGUUGUUUCCAGAAGGGAUAUGUUGCUCAGAGAUGACGGACCAGGACUUGCAGUUUGUUGCAUUUUCAACAGAGACGACUGCAGCAUCUGGGGACCAGAGUGAAGGAUUGUUUGCAGACUACAACAAGAUGGCAGGAGAAGCAGAGGAGGAGGACUCAAGGGACGCAGGAAAUCAAGGUGGAAGCAACCUAUGGUCUGAGUCAGCAGAUGCAGCCUGUGAGAGCCUGCUGGAAUUACUUGAGCAGCCUGGGACUAUCUCUUCUGUCAGCCAGUCAGAAAGCAUGGUGGACCCUAGGCAUAUUGUAGAAGAUGAACCCAUAGAAGCGGUGAAUAUUCUUCCACUGGGAAAUAAAGAUAAGCUGAAGAACUCAAAAAUCAUCUUCGUUGUUGGUGGCCCUGGCUCUGGAAAGGGCACACAAUGUGAAAAAAUUGUGGCAAAAUAUGGCUACACUCACCUGUCAACAGGUGACUUACUCAGGGCAGAGGUCGACUCAGGCUCCGAGAGAGGAAAACACCUGUCAGAAAUCAUGAAGAAAGGAGAACUUGUUCCUUUGGAAACUGUCUUGGAUAUGUUAAAGGAUGCCAUGAUUGCCAAGCUGGAGACUUCCAAAGGAUUCCUGAUUGAUGGGUACCCUAGAGAAGUGAGACAAGGAGAAGAAUUUGAAAAGAAGAUUGGACCUCCUUCUCUGCUGUUAUAUGUGGAUGCUGGGCCAGACACUAUGGUUAAACGUCUCUUGAAACGUGGUGAGACUAGCGGCCGAGCUGAUGAUAAUGAGGAAACGAUCAAGAAACGUCUGGACACCUACUACAAAGCCACAGAGCCUGUGAUUGCAUUUUAUGAAGGCAGAGGCAUUGUUAGGAAGAUCAAUGCUGAAGGAACAGUCGAUGAAGUCUUUACUCAUGUUGCUGCUGCUAUCGAUGCUCUCAAGUAAAUUAAAACCUUGGAUGAAGUGGCCACCAGGUUUCAGUAGAACAUAUCACCUUUCUACAGAUCAAAAAAAAAAAAAAAAACUGUUCAUCUUCUCUUUUGCACUGUGGAACUCCCUAUCCCUUACCCAUGGCAAUCUGCACAGUCCUAUUAUGGUUUACGAUCUUCAGGUCGAAGGUCUGCCUGCUUCUAAAAGACUUGAACUGUGUUCUAUACUCAUAGACAUUUAAAGAACAUGACACUUCAGCAAGCCCCUUUGCCUUGUGGUAUACUUUCUGUAACCAUCAGUUUUUCUGUGUUAGCCAGUCUGGCUGCCUUUAAUUCUUGAUGACACAACUCUCUAAUUUGGUUCUUCACUGGUUUAAUUUAAAAUAAAUAAAUUAAAAAUUAAAAAAAAAA